GGAUUAUUUGAAAAUGAAAUAAUCUAGGUAUGUGUCUGAAACACUUUCCCCGUUGAUAAAACCCUAAACCCUGCUGUGCUUGAGAGGCGGCCCCGAAGAUUUCCUCCGAAAUUCACAAAUCAUACUGGUUGAAUGGCGACUGUACCUGUAAACCCGAAGCCUUUCUUGAACAACUUGACCGGGAAGAAAGUUAUUGUAAAAUUGAAGUGGGGAAUGGAAUAUAAAGGUUUUCUUGUCUCUGUUGAUUCGUACAUGAACUUGCAGUUGGCAAACAGUGAAGAAUAUAUUGAUGGGCAAUUCACUGGAAACCUUGGCGAGAUUCUGAUCAGAUGCAACAAUGUUCUCUAUAUGCGAGGUGCUCCGGAGGAUGAAGAGGUAGAGGAUGCGGAAUGAGAUUAUUGAUUGAACAGAGAUGCUGAUGAUCUUCUUCCCAUUCUAUGUUUGAUCUUAGCAUGCAUAGGUUGAAGAUACAUUAUGUUUAAGCAAAUAGAUUAUUGAUUCUCAGUUCUGUAAAACCUUUAAAGCAUCUAUGUGAUUUGAGAAUGAUAAAUAAUUUCUAAUUAUAUUUGCUUCUUUUCUUUGUUUA